ACCUAAGCGAUUUGCAUGAUUUCUUCAAAGCUAGACAAACGAUGACAAGUUUAAAACAGGCUUUAAAAACCCACUUUGGGUUCAACAGCUUUAGGUCUAAAUUACAGGAAGAUGUUGUCAAGGCAGUCAUGAGAGGUGACAGGGAUGUGUUCGUGUGUAUGCCCACUGGAGCAGGGAAGUCCCUCUGCUACCAGCUUCCCGCAGUCCUGGCUGAUGGCAUUACUCUGGUUAUAUCCCCGUUAAUCGCUCUCAUUCAGGACCAAGUGGAUCACUUGAGGGAGCUCAACAUCCCUGGCUGCUCCAUCAACUCCAAGCUUCCAGCAGGUGAGCGCCGACUGAUUCUGGCUGACCUGGGGAGCAGCAGCCCAAAACUUAAGCUUCUUUACAUCACGCCCGAGAUGGUGGCCUCGCCGUCGUUCCAACCCUGUCUGACUGAUCUGUGCUCCCGCGGUCUACUGUCCUACCUGGCUGUGGAUGAAGCCCACUGCGUCUCCCAGUGGGGCCACGACUUUAGGCCUGACUAUCUUAAGCUGGGAGAGCUGCGAGCUCGGUUACCAGGAGUUCCCUGUUUGGCUUUAACAGCAACAGCACCCAAGAAUGUGCAAGCAGACAUUAUUCAGUCCUUGAGGCUUCACUCCCCGCUGUCUUUUGUUACUCCUGUUUUCCGCAGUAACUUGCACUAUGAUGUGAUCUUCAGGGAGCUGUUGCCAAAUCCUUAUGCCCACCUACAUGCAUUCAUUAAGAAUGCUUUGGGAUUGGGCAGUGGAUCUAAUGGACAGGGUUGUGGGAUUGUGUAUUGUCGAACUAGAGAAGGUUGUGAAACGGUGGCUUACCAACUGACCAAACUUGGAGUUUUGGCCAAACCAUAUCAUGCAGGUUUGAAAGCAGGAGAUCGCACAGAGGUGCAGAGUGAGUGGAUGCAGGGGAAAGUGCUGGUUAUUGUUGCUACCAUCAGCUUUGGCAUGGGAGUGGAUAAAGCAAAUGUCAGAUUUGUAGCUCACUGGAACCUCGCUAAGUCUCUGGCCAGUUACUAUCAAGAGUCUGGGCGAGCAGGUAGAGAUGGUCUGCCCUCGUUGUGUCGCACAUAUUAUUCCCCAAAGGAUAAGGAGCAAAUGAAUUUCCUUAUCCGUCAGGAAGUCACCCGGAGACAGGAAAAACGCGGCUCUGCAAAGGAAUCUGACAAAGCAGCCAUCACUGACUUUGAAGCCAUGGCGUUGUUUUGUGAACAAGAAAACUGUCGUCAUGCCAUCAUCUCCAAGUUUUUUGGGGACAAGACGCCAAACUGUGACGGUGCCUGCGACUACUGUCGUAAUCCCAGACUUGUGAGAGCCCAGCUGGAGAGAGCGGCUGCACUCAGCACCAAGAUCGAAUCAGCUCAGAGCAAAGAACCCAAAGGACCGUUCGGGUUCCAGUCGGACGCUUAUGAAGGAGGGAAGAGGGGUUACGGCUUUGAAAGGUAUGAUGAAGGGUCAGGGUCAGGCAGUGCUGAAGAUGAUUCCAUAAAGAGAAAGAAGGAGUUUUCUGACCUCUAUAUGAAGCAGAUGAACCUGCGGAAGGCAUCUGACACUCAAAGGGAGGAGUUUGUUCCACCAGAUGACGACUGCCCACUCAGAGAGGCCAGCAGCCAGAGGAUCCCCAGGCUCACUGUGAAGACCAGAGAGCACUGCUUGUACCGCCUGCAGGAGGCUCUACAAGGCCAGCAGGGGGCAGAGGAUCCUUUCAACUAUGGCAGUCUGUUGUCAGCGGUGGAAAUUGAACAUGAGGUGUUCAAAAACAGCAAAUCUUCCAAUUUGUACAAAGCAGGCAUCCUAAAGAAGGUAUCGCAAAUAACAAAAACAACACCUGCUUCAGUGGAUGGAAGCAAAGAAGACAACGAGAGCUGCAGUGACUCAAGAGAAGCUGAGACAAAACUCAAAGAUGCAUCCUCCUCUUCUUCCUCGUAUCCUGAAGAGCUGCAGGGGUUCACCUCUGCAUCUGAGAUCUACUCACUGAAGCGAAAAAGAGUUGGGGCAGGUCAAAGGGGCUCAUCUAACCCCUUCCUCACAGCCAAAGAACUGCUUAAGCCCUCCAUGUCUGACUCUGUUUCCAACAGAGGAAUGGAAGGCGGCGGGUUUUUCAGUGACUACUUAGGAGGCUCAGAUAGAAGUGGGAUCGGAGAGAGAAUAAAGGAGACAAACACAGAAACAACACCGGCUGUAUCAUCCUCCAUCAGAGCCAGAGCGAGCGCCAUCAGUGUUUCCCUGAACAGUCCGACAAAAGGAAGGAGAGCCAUGAGCAAGAAGCAGCAAAAGCUUGUGGAAGCGGCAAAGAGUUCUCGUAACAUUUCCCAGUACUUUGCAAAAAAACAGGCAACAGAGACAAGUUGUGAGGAGGAGAUGCCUAAGGAAGCAGAUGAUACAUUACUUCAUUUUCCCACUGUAGUUUUUGAAGAAGACAUCAGCCAGGAGCAGCACUCACCUGCUUCUGUGGCAUCAGAGUCUGAGGAUGUGAUCCUGGUAGAAACUAAAACAGAAGUAAUAGUUAUACCAGAUGAUGAAAAGGAGGAAGCAGGAGAUGUGGAGAUUUUGAAUUUGGUUCAAGACACGUCUCAACAGGAUAUAAAACUUGUCUCAGAGCUAAACAAACCUAAGGAGGAAGCGAACCCUCCUGUAAACCAAGAGAUCAAAGAUGAUGUGAAAGCAGAGCGGGAGUCGUCUCCUCCAUCGAAGCGCAGGCGACACGCCGAUGGAAGCAGCAGAAGAGUGACGUUCAACCCCAACGUGCAGGAGAGAGCCUUGCAGCCGGUCAGCGAGCCUCAGAAACCUGUGACACUCAAAGAAGCAGCCGAUAUUGUGGUCCGUUAUCUGGACCCCUUUUACACUCAGGGAAAGUUUGCCACCAAGGAGCUAUUUAAGUCUUUCGCUCGCCACUUAUCUCACCUUCUGGCAGAGGGUGGGAGUCGGGGGAAAAACCAAGUUAAAUCUGAAGCCAAGGCUCUCAUCAGGAAGUUCUUCAGCAGAGUCCAGCGCUGUGAGAGUGAGGCCGACUGGAAGCACCUUAAAGGACCACACAGCCUUCAAACCACAGGGAACAAGGAGUGAUGGGAAAUUUGUAGUCAUUAUCAGGGUCGAAGCCUUAUCCUUUGUCAGUGCCUAUAAGCUUCUUUUUUUCCAGUAUUUUUUCACAACUUAAGCAGCUGUGUUGCUUUUUUCAGGCUGAUUGCUGCUAUAUUAGCUUUUCUCAAUAAAUAAGCAAUAAAAUAUGAACCAUUAGGGCCUCGGAGCAGAGAUAGGACAGUGUGUAUUGUCUCUUUCCCAUUUGCUACAAAUUUUGUGCACUUUGCAUUUCUGUUUGUACUUGGGGACAAAGUUUAGUACUUUUGAUGUCAGUCUGCACUUUUAUUUUCUGUAAACUGCGAUUCAAAUGUCUGCAAGUGAGUUUUUAUACACAGCUGAUUUUGCAAAUAGACCAAAUAAGACUAAAGCCAUGAUUAUAGCUCUGUCAGGCUGUAUGUGGACACGGAGGUGCUUGGAGGUGUAGAUGGAAUUUACAACAUAGAUGUAAUCGACAACAUCAGAAACAACCCUUUUCCAUUUAGGUGAACUAUUUUCAUUUUCUUGUAUUUUUAAAUCAGCUUCAUUGGUGUGGCUGAGUGGCGUAAUAACUGGAAUUUUACAGAAACAGAGUCUCUGUUAUUUAUUUAUUUUUCUGCUGUGAUGAGUCUAAAUGCUGUAAAUAAGAAACAGCGUACAUGACAGCAUGUUAGCAUACUGAUCUUUAGCAAUUCAUUUUUUUGUGAUGAAUUAUGUUAGCAUAAAAGCUAAAAGCACUAAACACUGUGUAGGCAGAUGAGAAUGUGAUUGUACUGACCUGAUGUGGAGAUGAUGGAGAAGUAGGAGCAAGUUGUGGGGUUUGUCCUUUUAAGACCUUGCAUGUGUGUGUCAAACCACAAAGCAAUCUAAUAGAUUACCACAUGUAAUGAUGUUGCCUUGUCAAAACAUACGGUGGAAACGGUGAAAGUUAUAUGUACAGAUCAUUAUAUACUAACUCACUUAACACUCUGUGAAAGUUAACUCAGUUAAAAACAAAACAAAAAAACAUGCUUGUGAGACUUCUGCUAAGUUUGUAAAAUCAUAAACCUUUAUUGAAAUUUGAAAGUAGGUCUGAUUUUUUUUGGUUUGGUCUUUGGGGAUAUUUUGCAUCAUUCUGGUGAUUCUAGUGUUUACUAAUCCAUCAUUAGUAAGCAUAUACAUGCACAUCAUUUAAAUUGCACUAGAAUAACACAAAAAGUUUUAUUUUAAUGCUUGUUAUGAGUGUUCUGUAUUGGAGGCCUAACAGACAUUUUAAUAGCUGCUAUUUGUGUUUUUUCUUUUUUUUUUUAUGCUGGAACCAAGAGAAAAACAUGCAGACAUGAAACUGUGAUUUAAUACGGUCUGUUAUCAAUUUUCUUUAAUUUAAAACUGAUGUAGUUAAAUCUGUUCUUCCCUGUGAAGGAAUCUGUGUUCAGAGAUGUUUUCCUAUUUUCCUUAUUUUAGGCAUAGUGCCUGUCAGGAAUGUGACAGAUCUACAGUCUCUACAGUCAGGAGGAAACUCAAAGAUGUACGUGAAGAACUCAUAGACGCACACAAGUUCCUCAUUGUUUACAAUAAACGAUACUGAAUAGAAAUGUGUGAUACUCAGUAAA